AUGAAGAACCACCUCACCACAGCGUUGCGCCGAGCCGCAUCCACCUUGACCAAAGAGGCUGGUGACAUCAGCUCCAUCUUUCCCUCACUGUCUGGCAAGAAGCCUGAUCCUCUGCCACCACGGUUCAGCGCAUUGAAAAAGUCAUUGAUCAAAGGUAACGAAGACGCUGUAACAGCGUCCUGGCAACGACUGCUGAAGAGUCUGGAGCGGGAGAUUGGGGAGAUCAGAUCAGAAGGCAGUAACGUUAUACCCAGCGUUGAAUUCCGAGAUAUAGUUGCCGGUACUGUCCCUCAGUCAAAGCUUGACGCGAUCCGCCAUCGAGGGACAGCAGUGGUACGCAACGUCCUCCCCCGGGACCAGGCGCUGGAUCUCAAACGACAAGCCAAAGGAUAUAUCGCUGCAAAUCGGCCCAAGGUCAGGGCCUUUCCAGCCGAUGACCCAGCCGUAUACGAGCUGUACUGGACUCCCUCCCAGGUCCAAGCACGCGCUCAUCCAAACAUGCUGAAAGCGCAAUCUUUCCUUGCGUCCUUCUGGCACUCCUCUGACCCGUCUUCAGAGAUAUCAACAACCUACCCUUUGACAUACGCAGACCGUUUUCGCAUCCGACAACCGGGCGACGCAAAGUUCUCGCUGGGCCCCCACACAGAUGGAGGAAGUCUCGAGCGCUGGGAAGAUCCCGAGUAUGCUCGUGUAUACCAGACUAUUCUAAAGGGCAAGUGGGAAGAGUACGACCCUUUUGACGCACGCCAUCGCAUCGAAGCCAAGAUGGACCUCUACAAUGGGGCAGGAGCUUGCAGCAUGUUUCGCCUGUUCCAGGGUUGGCUGUCCAUGUCGUCAACGGGGCCAGGGGAAGGCACCCUGAGAGUCUGCCCCUUGAUCCGACAUGCAACAUCUUACCUGAUAUUGAGACCUUUUAUCAACCUUCAGACUGGAAAGCUGAACCUGGAUGCCACUUUCCCAAACUCUGUGCCAGCCGCAUGUCAGGAAUACGACCCGCUGUCUCACCCAGGCCUCAAGCUCGAGACUACCAUGGUGAGCAUGCCCAAAGUUGAACCAGGAGAUUAUGUCGCUUGGCACUGUGACCUGAUCCACGCCGUGGACAGAGAGCAUCACGGAAAGGGCGAUAGCAGCGUGAUGUACAUUCCUGCGUGUGCAAUCACCAGACCAAACAUCGAUUUCUUAAAGAGACAACGGAUGAGUGCGUUGGGAUAUAGCCCCCCUCCGGACUUCCCAGGUGCUGGUGGUGAUGGUGAGAUUGGCUUUUCUGGAGCCGUGGCUUGGGACCAAAUCAGAGAUGCAGGGAAGCGUGCCAUGGGACUGGGCAAGAAGAUGUGGGAUGUCAAUCCAGGCAUGAGUGAAGGAGAGCGGAAGGUCAUUGAGGCUGGCAAUAGGGCACUGUUUAGUUAA